AUGCUCUCACAAGUGUGUCUCUUGGCCUUGGUGGCGGCGUUGGGCUCGGCCGCGACAAUCCCCAAGACCCAGGAGCAACAAUUCCCAUUGUCCACACAACCCGUCGUCCCCAUGCAAUGCACCGAUGAGAACACCUACGGAGUGUUUGGCUGCAAUCAGACCUACUACCAAUGUGCUCAUGGAUCGGCCGUCAUGAAACAAUGCCCCAGCAAGCUCUACUUCGACAUCGCUGGAAUCGAGUGCAAACUCCACUUCCAAGUGAGUGCCUGCUCGAAUCCACCAUCCGGAGAUGUGCUCGGCUUCGAGAUCAACAACGAUGACCUCCCCGAUUGUGAAGGCGACGAGGAGUUUGUUUCAAAUGGGGAUUCGUGCUCUCGAUUCUACGGACAUUGCACAAAUGGACAAGCUGUUCGCAAGUUCUGCCCCUACAACCAAGUCUGGGUGCAAGCCGAUCAGACUUGCAACAACAUCGAGCGUGUCGAAGCUUGCAAGAGCGCCAAGAAAAAGAAAAUCCGCGGCAGCAAGAUCCAAGGAGACUACUCCUACGGCCAACCACAGGCUCCUCAACAGACUGGAGACCUUGUUCAACCACAGCCUGUUCUCCCACAAGCACCAGCCCAGCAAGUCGUGAUCCAGCCAGCUGCACCACAAUCCGGCUAUUCUGCUCCCGGAUAUGCCCCACAAGCAAAACCACAACAGCUAGUUCAAGAUCCACAACGAGAGGGAUGGGGAGCCGUCGAAUCCGGCAAAUCGGAAUUUGACUGCACUCAGAAACAAGAUGGAAUCUAUUUGCCCGAUCAGAAGGCUUGUGUCAACACCUUCUACAAGUGCUCCAACUUCCGCACGUUCAAGUACACCUGCCCAACGAACCUUUGGUACGACUACGAAGAGAAUAUGUGCAACUAUAAGGAGUUUGUGCCAACUUGUGGAGGAAUUCGUCAACCACCAACCACUCCAUCACCACCACGUGAUGUGCCAAAGACGAACUUCGAUUGCACAGGAAAGCCCGACAACUCGAUUCACGUUGAGGUCGAGUGUGGACCAAGCUGGAUCACUUGUCUUGGAGGAAUUGCUACGAUUCAAUCGUGUACCCACAACUUGGUGUUUGACAAGAGAACUUCAUCGUGCGACUACUUGGCCGCUUGCCAAAAGCCUCUCCCUCAACCAAAACCCGGAAUGGACUUUGCUCAUGGUGGAUCUCAACCAAGUGGACCCUACUCGCAGCCAGCGCAACCAGUGGCUCCAGUGAUCAACUUCAAAUGUCAAGGAAAGGCUGAUGGAUUCUAUGAGACCGGAAAAUGUGUCAACCAGUACGCCGCUUGCAACAAUGGAAUCGCUACUGGACAAGUGUGCCCAAGCAACUUGGUGUUCGACGGUUUGCUCAAGCAGUGCGACUUCCAACAAACCUGCAUGUCUCCAAAGCAACCACAACCACAAAUCCCACAGACACCGGCUCAACCACAAGCUGGACCAUAUCAACAGCCAGCUCCACUCCCACAGACUCCAUCUCAGCCACAACCAGUGCCUCAACCAUUGCCACAACCCAAACAAUACAACUACCAACAGCCCGCACCACAAGCUCCAACACAGCCUCAGCCUCAACCACAGCCACUCCCACAGCCACGACCACAGCCACAGCCACAGCCACAGCCACAAUAUCAGAGCUACCAAUACCAGACACCAGCUCCACCAAAGCCACAACCACUUCCACAGUUGCCCGCACAGCCAACUGCACAACCCUAUGGACAAACAGUGCAAGCUCCUCUUCAACAACAACAGCCACAGCAGCCACUCUCAUCGGUGAACUGUGCCAAUCUUCAGAAUGGAGCCUACCCCGUUGGAAAGUGCAACAGCAACUAUGUCACCUGCUGGAACAAGGCUGCCGCACCAAACAGCUGCCCCAACGGAUUGGUCUUCAAUUCCUUCAAUGGCCAGUGCGACUACACCAUCAAUGUUCCGGACUGUCCCGAUUUCCAGGCUCCCAUCCAACAACAAGAUCAACCAGUCACUGUUCCACCAACACCGGCUGAUCCAUUCUGCAACACUCGCCCCGAUGGAAGCUAUUCAAAUGGUUGCAGCAACACCUACUAUGUCUGCCAUGCCGCGAAAACCCACAAAAUGGCUUGCCAUGUCGGUCUCUUCUUCGAUGUGGACACGAACACCUGUCAAUUCAAGGAUCAAGUGGCUCUUUGUGGAGGAAGCCCUGCUCAACCAGCCCAACAACAGCCAGCUGGCCCCUACUCUCAGCCUCAACCACAACAACCACUUCCUCAACAACCACCAGUGAAGACUCAGACCUACAUUCAACCACAGCCUCAACCACAACCACUUCCCCAACAGCCGGCUCAGCCACAACCGCAGCAGCCACUCCCACAACAACCACAACCACAAACCUACACUCAACCAAGACCCCAACCACAGCCACUUCCUCAACAGCCAGUCCCGCUACAACCACUUCCACAACAGCCUCUUCCCCAACCAACACAAAACGGAGGCUACAACCAACCACAGACUCUCCCAGCUCAGGACAGCACUCUCCCCGCUGGCAUCUCAUGCGCCGGAAAGCCUGAUGGAAUCUAUGGCCUCACCGGAUGCACCCCACAAUUCUAUCAAUGCUAUCGUGGAAACCCGAAGAUGAACAAAUGCUUGGACUCGCUUUUCUACAAUGUCAUGAAUGGAAUGUGUGACUUCAAGGAAAGAGUGCCGGCUUGUGGCGGACUUCUCCCAUCACCAACCCCAUCAACUCCCACCAUUGCUCCCAAACCCGCCCAAUCGCAGCCAACAUUCUCGUGCCAGGGCAAGCAAGAUGGAUACUACAAUCAGGGAUGCAGCAACUGGUAUUGGGCGUGUGUCUCCGGAGUCGCUAUUCAGCAUCAAUGCAACGGAAUGAACUUGUUCUUCUCGGCGCAAACAAUCCGAUGUGACUUGAAGCAAUGGGUGCCCGAGUGUGGAGGAAAGAUUCAACCAAAGAUUCAACCAUCCCCACAACCCCAACAACCCAGCCUCCCAGCUCAAGCUCCAGCUCAAGCUGCUCAAUCGUGCAUGGGCAAAUUGGAUGGUCUCUACACAAUGGGAGCCUGCUCAAUGGACUAUCUCUCGUGUUUCCAGGGACAAGGAAUUGUCUCGAGCUGCUCAUCGAACUUGAUCUUCAACCAAGCGACCGGCGGAUGCGACUACGUCAAUAAUGUGGCUGGAUGUGGAAAGAGCACACCACAACAAGAUAUGCCUCAACCACAGCCACAGCCACAACCCCAACAACCCCAGCCUCAGCCAAAGAUCCCCAGCUUCGAUUGCAGCAACAAAGCUGAUGGCUACUGGGCCACAUCGAAAUGCUCGGAGUUCUACGUCCUCUGCCAAAUGGGACGCGCCAUUCAAGAAUUGCCGUGCCAAGUUGGACUCGCUUUCUCAAACACCCUUCAGCAAUGUGAAUACAAGUUGACGCUGAACGAGUGCAACCCAUUGGCCCCACCACUACAACAGCCACAACAGCCAAUCUUGAAGCCAAUUCCACAGCCUCAACCCCAGCCACAGCCUCUUCCCGCUCGAGACACGACGAACCUCUGUGCCCAGAAGAUGAAUGGACUCUACUCAACUGGAUGCAGCAGCCAGUACAUCAUGUGCACGAACUUCCAAACGACUCCCCUCUUCUGCCCAAGCACUCUCGUCUUCGAUUCGUCCAUCAACCAGUGCAACUAUCCAAACUUGGUUUCCACCUGUCAAUCGGCUCCUUUGCCCCAAUCUCAACCAGUGAUCCAGCCUCAACCAAUGAUCCAGCCUCAACCACAACAACCAAUUGCUCAACCAAUGCUGUUCCCCCAACAACAGCAACCAAUGGCUGGACCAUAUGGCCGCAAA